AUGGGAGCGGCGGCGGCCGAGGCGGACCGGACCCUCUUCGUGGGGAACCUCGACCCCAAAGUCACCGAGGAGCUGCUCUUCGAGCUCUUCCACCAGGUAACGGGGCGGGCAGGGCCUCACCUCCUGGCUUGACUCGGCCGCGGAGAGGGGCCGGGGCUCAGAGCGGCCUACCUCGCAGGGGGCGCCGGCCUUGUUGUAUGUGCGGGGAGGGGGGCGUUUCCUUUUGCCUGCGUUUUAAUGCGCCGGCCCUCUGCACAUGCCCAGGAGCUAUAGAAGAGCGCGGGCUGCCCUGAAAGAAGACUGGCAUCUCCUUGGUGUCGCUGCGAGCGAAAUCGGAUCCGGGAAGGGAGACGGGGAGGCAUUGGCUUUGUUUGGGUCUCGCCUGCCUCGCUUUCCUUUACCUUUGAACGGGUUUCCGUUUCGCUUGGCUUCGUUCAGAAGCCCUUGCAAGGCGAAAAGCCCCCUCGGGAUGCUCUCCUUCCCUCCGUUUCCCUCUUAAAACAAGGCAAGGUGCGAAUUCUUGUAAAGGUAAAACGCUGGCGGCAAACAGGUUUGAUCGUUAGCUGGUUCCCUGCCCGAAAAAUGGGAACUUCGUGGUGGAUGGGUGAGAUCGGCAGGAUUUAAAAAUAAGUAUCAGAACAUUAAAACAACAACAAAAACCAGCAGCUUGCAGGAUUGACAACAAAAGCACCAAAAUGAACAGAAAUGCGUUUUUGAUCUGGGCGCCCUGGGUUGUCAGAAGAGGGCAACUUCAGUGGUAACCCAGGAGGUGCAUAAACAGGAAAGGUAGGCUGGGGGUGGUUUAGCUCUGUAUUUCAAGGGAAGCAUAAUGUUUCAUGAACUGGAAAUUCGUCCUAUAGCACCACCUUGGAUGUACCAGUCCUGAAAACUAAUGGGGGCAUGUACCCUGAGCAAAAUGCCAAGGUUGGUCUUGAGGGGGAGAAAGAAAUGGGGAAUGUGUUGUAAUAACGGGUUGCCUCUGUCAUGUUUGUCUAGGCUGUCUAAGGGUACUUCAGGUUACAACCAGGAGGCAAAAUGUGUAAAUUGUGAGCAACUCUGCCUUGAAACAGUUAGUCAUAGAGCAGACUUGAGGGGAAGCUACCCUAGACCUAAUUCUAAGAGGUAGUGGAACCCUUGUUUCAAGAUGCAAGGGCUAUUGAUGUCAGGCUCAGCAUAUGUGUAAGCAAAAAGUUGCCACAUCGUCCUGUGCCAUCACAUUUUAUAUUCACAUUUGCUGUGAAAGUAAGACAGCCAGAAUUGUCAUGCCUUUUAUGGUGCAGUUGCAUUCAGAAUGUGGUGUGUACUGUUCUCUGGCUGUUCCCAUCUAGAAGAAGAAGAAAUUGUAGAGCUGGAAAAGGUUUGACAAGGACACAGUUGGCUGUUUGUACGUCUUUCCUACAAGGCUCAAACGCCUGGACUUCUCUGUAUAGAACAAAAGGCUACAAUAGACAUUUAUAGAUAUAGGCAUGGAGUGGCAAAAGCACUUAGGAAACAGUUCCAACCACUUUCAUAAUGCUGGAACCUGGGGUCUUAUGAUUAAGUAGAUUGGCUGUAAGUUUAGAACACACACAAAAGUGUAGACACUCAAUGACAUUCAGAGAUGAUUAGAUAAAGUCCUUGAGAACUGGACCGUUAGUUCCAAUAACUGAGUCAGAGCUCAGGAUACUCUUCGAUGCCAAACUGUGAGGGAGUAAACAGGGGGAGGGUUGUUGCCUUCAUGCACUGCUUGUAGGCUUCCUGAAAAACUGCCCUCCUCUUCUUCUUAAUAUCUAUGUCCAGUUCUAUUGGGUGAGGGUGAUUGUAAUGUUCUCACAGAAAGUUAAUGGAACCGUAGAAAGACAUUUUGAGGCUAACUUGAAAGGAAUGCUUCAGUGCUCCUUGCUUACGUAAAAUCAGCAUGGUUAAAAAGUGAAUGAGUUUUCCUCUGCUUUUGGGGGUGCAUGCUUGUGAGUGGAAGGAGGUUCACAGUGCAUGUCAACUUUCUGUUCCAUGCUGGCAUGUGGCUGAAUCCAUUACAGUGGUGCCUCGCAAGACGAAAUUAAUUCGUUCCGCGAGUUUUUUCGUCUUGUGAUUUUUUUCGUCUUGCAAAGCACGGUGUCGGGAAAGUUUUGGAAAAGCUUCAAAAAUCACCAAAGUCUUCAAAAACCUCAAAAAAGGGGGGUGCUUGGGAGGGAGGGAGAGGCGGGCGUGGGGGGAGGCGGGGCGGAGGUUGCUGCCUGAGCCCCCGGGAUCAGUUCUGCUCGCCUUGCUCCGACCCUUUACAGUCGGUGCCGUCUUGCUGCUGCUGCUGCUGUCGCCGCGGUAGUCAAAACUCCUACCGGCCUAAAAGUUGUCUGGUGCAAAAUCCCUUCUGCAGCAGCAGCCCGAAAGAAAGCGAGAGCGCCAGCCAGCCAGCCGCCCGCCGCGGGCAGGAGGGAGGGAGGGAGCGUCGGCGACGGUGGAUGCCUAUUGCCCCUGUUGCUGCUGCAGCCGGCCAGCCAGCCAGAAGCGCGCGAGCGGAGAGGGGUGCAUCCAGCCCGUUGGAGAGGAGCGCGGGGGCGCGUCCCCGGUGGCUCCCGAGCUGACCUUGCCUGGCCCGGCGCCUUCCGCGCUGCCAAAGGGCGACUCACCUGCUGCCUGCGCUGCGCCGGGACUAACUCGAGCAGGGCGAAGAGAACACACACUCGCGCGCACACACACCGAGAGGCAAACUUGCCGCAGCCGUCGACGUCGCGGGGUUGGAAAGCGCGGAGAUGCAGGUAGGGGGCAUCCCUCGCAGGGCGAGCGCCGGAGGGCCCGGGCAGGCGCUCUUGUCACCGCCGGGGCGCUGGGGGGGGGGAGAAGGAAGGAGCCCCGUCCGAAGAGCCCCGGAGCCUGGCCUCCCUAACUGGGAGCUGUGGGGAGGGAAGUGUGCGUGCCUUGCUAUUUUUCACCGAAACAAAGCUCCCUCUCCCUCAGAACCCGCCUUCACGCGUUCUUGCCCCUACGGAGACGCACACGGAGAUGCUAUGAGUUGCUCCUCGAAGUCAAGUCGCAACUGUAUUAACGGUUUUAAGAAAAAGGAAACAAACUUCCAAGACGUUUCCGUCUUGCGAAGCAAGCCCAUAUGGAAAAUUGUCUUGCGAAGCAACUCAAAAACGGAAAACCAUUUCGUCUUGCAAGUUUUCCGUCUUGCGAGGCAUUCGUCUUGCGAGGUACCACUGUACUGUUGGUUUCUUCCCUGGAGAAUAUUGAGUACCAACCAAAGUCGUUUAUUUUUGUUUUAUUUACAUUUCUCUUCUGCAAUUCUUUCAUCAUGGAACCCAAGUUGGUGUCCCUGUGACCAUCUUGUACACCCACCCAGACCUGAUGGCUCUGGAUUCACAUGGGGGCAUGUACUUUUCUACCUUCAUAGCACCUACCUGAAGUGAUGCCUAGAGACCAGCAGUAAACUGACCAUUACCUAGUCUGAACCACCUUCACCUGCCUGGUGAAUCUAGGACUAUGUCCUACUCUCCAGUCCUUUGGAGAGUAAAAUUGUAAAAUGCCAACUAUUAAGAAAGUUGUUUUAGAACCUGCCUGACAAUGCAUAUCUUUCAUUUAAUUGGUAACAUCCUACACUGUACUUGAAUGCAAAUACAGGUUUACCUUAGAACGCAGGUGCAUGCAACUAAAUAACCUUCAAGGGAAAGUUGCUCCUUUUUUUAUUUUAAUGUUUUCUUUUGUUUUUUGGUUUGCAGGCAGGUCCAGUCAUUAAAGUAAAGAUUCCGAAGGACAGGGAUGGGAAACCAAAGCAGUUUGCAUUUGUGAAUUUCAAACAUGAAGAAUCUGUCCCCUAUGGCAUGAAUCUACUUAAUGGGAUCAAACUUUUUGGGAGACCUCUCAAAAUUCAGUUUCGAUCAGGUAUCCACAAAGCCUUUAAAACAGCCUAGGUCAUCUAGGCAAAAUUGAAGGGGGUUCAUAUUCCUUUUAUGCUUAAAAUUCUGAUGUGUAAAACUUUUUAUUCUGGGUGCAUUUUUUGUGUUGAAUUAUAUAUCAGAUUAAAAUUUCACUGAGCCUGUAAAUCACUCUUGUGUUCAUAGUGUUGCUGCUAUCUUGAGGAGCUAACUCAUUUGAAGGGGGCUUUCUGUCAGUUUUUGGAUGGUUAGAAUCUUUUUUAAAAGGAACCUUAAAAGAUGUUGAAAUGCACUUCUCAAAAGAGUUUCAGUUGUUUAGGGACAAACCAUCUGUUUUUAGAAGGGAUGUCCUACUCUAGCUUUGGAUAAUCUUUAGCCUUCCAUAGGUUGCUGAACUGCAAAUCCCAUCCUCACUGACAAUUGGCUAUGCUAGCUGGGGCUGAUGGGAGUUGUAGUUUAACAAUAUCUGGAGGGCCACACAUUCUACAAAUCUGCUGUACCCUUUUCAGUUGAGAACAGAUCUGUGUGUAUUCUGAGCUCCUUUGAUCACAGAGGAAUGCACUUUGCACGUGUCUAGAAGCAUUAUUUUAUCAAUUCAGAUUAUUUCUGAAAUGAGCCCCAGCACUCAAGCUGGUUCUAGAGUGGAGCCUUGGAAUUGCUAAAAUUUAUUUUUAAAUAAAGGAAUUGAAAACACUAUUUGGUGCUUAUCUGGACUGUUUGAAGUAGUGUCCAAAGCUUUUCACUUUAGGAAAGCUGAGUUUCAUCUGCAAUUAACUUAAGUUUAGUGUCCUUAGCAUUGCACCUCGAUUGCAUCUUCACCACUGGGUAUUCCAGUAGGUUGCAACACUUGUUUUGGAAAUCUGUUUGUAUGUCUUAAUGGUUCUCUAGUGUGAUACUCCAGAGCCCAUUAAGUAAUGUACCAUGUUUUCAAUCUGUUAGCAUCUUGCGUUGGCUUAACCUUUCUCAGUGUAACUGACUUGUUUUAGUUACACUUCAGACAUGUCCUUUUACCUUUAGGGAGCAGUCAUGCAUCUCAAGAUAACAAUUCACCUUAUUCUCAACCUGGAUAUGCUAAUGGAAGCCCCUCCAGUAAUCAACAACUGCCAACAACAACUGCCAGUAGCAGGUAAGUUCUUAAUGUUAAGCCAGACUUCCCCCAACCUGGUGUCGUCCAAAUAUUUUGGACUACAACCUUGAGUCUGAAAGAUCUCAAGGGCACCAGUUUUAGGAAGCCUGUGGUAAAUCAUUAAGUACAUUUAGAAUUGCAGCUUAUUAGGGAGUGAACCCCAUUGAACUUGGUGGGACUUGCUUCUGACUAAUUGUGUAUAGGAUUGUGUUCUUAGCAUUUAUUACCAUAUGGUAAAUUCUGUGACUGCUUUCCAAAGUGGGCAUAAUAUAAUAGCCUAUGUCUGAGCUUCCUUUUCUACCUUUAUGCUUAUUAUUUAUCUUUAAGUGGGAAGGAAUAAUAUGAACUGAAUUCUAGUGCUGAGAGAAGAUAUUACUAUUAUUAGCUUUUCUUUCUAGAGCAGCUACAAAAAUCAAAUGGUAUUGAGAACUUUGAUGUGGCACAUCAGGAAUUUUGUUUCUAAAGCAACAGAUGGACAAGCAAAUUAGUUUCCAUUAGCGAAAGCUGUGAGUCUUUUCAGAAUUUUCUAAAUUGAGAUGCAGAGUAGAUUAAAGAAGCUGUUACUAGAAACCUCCUGAGGCUUGCGAUCUGUGUUUCUGUAUUGCUUUGACAAGUGUGUCAGUUAUAAAAAUGAAGAUGAACUGAAAACAGAUUGCUCAGUUAUACUCUGCUUAGAAAAAUAUAUAUUCAAUAACAGUUUAUGAUGAUGGAUCAAAGGAAAACUGUAUGAUGUAGUGGUUAGAUUAGAAGUGUUCUGCUGCAACUAGGGAGACCCAGGUUCAAAUCUCCCACUCAGUCACAAACUAGGUGACCUUGAGCCAAUCACAAUCUCUUGUCAUUCAGCCUAGCUUAUUUCACAACCUUGUUUUGAGGCUAGGAGAACAAAUACAGUGGUGCCUCGCAAGACGAAAUUAAUCCGUUCCGCGAGUCUCUUCGUCUUGCGGUUUUUUCGUCUUGCGAAGCACGGCUAUUAGCGGCUUAGCGGCUAUUAGUGGUUUAGUGGCUAUUAGCGGCUUAGCGGCUAUUAACGGCUUAGCGGCUUUAAGAAAAAGGAAACAAACUCGCAAGAACUCGCAAGACGUUUCGUCUUGCGAAGCAAGCCCAUAGGGAAAUUCGUCUUGCGGAACGACUCAAAAAACGCAAAACCCUUUCGUCUAGCGAGUUUUUCGUCUUGCGAGGCAUUCGUCUUGCGGGGCACCACUGUAACUGUCUAUGUCUAUGAGAAUGAGUAGGAUAGAAAUAUAGCUAUAAUCAUAAAGCUGCUAAUGCCAGCGUUUAUCUGGUGCUUUGCUUCCUGGUUAUUUUCAUGAUACCUAUUUUCCCCCACCCCUGGGAAAACCAUGCACAAAUACCUAUAGUAGAAUCAUAGAAUUGGAUGGGACCCUGAGGGUCAUCUAGUCCAACCCCCUGCAAUGUAGGAAUCUCAUCUAAAACAUCCAUGGCAGAUGACCAUCCAACCUCUGCUUAAAAACCUCCAAUGAAGAAGAGUCUACCACCUUCUGAGGGAGUCCUUUCCACUGUUGAAGAGCUGCAACCAUCAGAAAGUUCUUCCAGAUGUUUAGUCACACAGAAUCACAGAAUUGUGAUUCUGGUUUGGCUCCUACCCUCCAGAGCAGGAGAAAACAAGUGUGCUCCAUCUUCCAUGUGACAGCCCUUCAGAUAUUUGAAGAUGGCUAUCCUAUCUCUUCGCUGUCUCCUCUUUUCAGGCUAAACAUACCCAAAGCCCUCCAUAAGGCUUGGUUUCCAGACCCUUGAUCAUCAGUAUAACUUUCUUCAAUUGAAUACUGUUGACUGGGAUUACUGUUAGUGCAGAAUUCCAUGAUCUGAGACUACUUCUGGGAAAUUGACUUCUGGUUUUCGCUUAGCAGGUAUGAGAGGAAUGUGGAUAACAUCUCAACAGAGUCGCCAACUGUGCAGAGGUCCUUCUCAUCCCCAGAUAACCUCCAGAGACAAGCGGUGGUGAGAGUUCUUUGUUGGCUGUUAACAGGAAAUAGGCAGGAAAGGGUUUGCAAAUGAGUGGAGUGGUGCAUGCCUCAGACAUAAAAGCUGAGUGGUUAACAAUAACAACACUUUGAAUUCCACUCAGAAAAGUACUGGAAGCCAAUGUAGAUCUGGGGUUAUAUAGUCCCUGCGGCUGUUCUCAUUCACCAGUCUGGCAGCUGCACACUGUGGCUCAACCUGAGAGAUGUUCUUAGAACCAGCCUUAUUCUUUCUAAUGUAAACAGUUUUAACUGAUUUGUAUUUUUACACUGCCUCUCUGGGACCUUAUGGUGAAGGGCAAGUAAGGAAUUGAACAAAUCAUCAUCAUCACCCCUGACUAUUGGCCAUGCCUCUUCUUAACAGAAGUGCUUUCUGUUUCCAGAUGAAUAAUAUGUGGCAGCAGUCGCAGUACAGUGGCAGGCACAACUCCUUGCACCCGGAGCCAUCCGGAUUUGCUUCGCCAGGGCACCACCCGAGUUACUCGUUCACCCAGUCGUCAGCCUCAUCCAUGCAGUGGCGCUCAGAGACAAGUGCUGCCCAGCGCAAGAACAGAGUGAGCUCCCAUCCGUAUCCUACUGAAAGCAGGCAUUAUAGCAGCCGGGAACCUCAGCGCCCCAGCGACUAUGGCUCGGAGCAUCAUUUCAGGGGCAUUCGGGAGGAAUAUGGUCACGAUGACAGGCACUAUGGAGGCUGGAGUCACGAUUAUGAUAACCGGAGGGAGAACUACCGAGAUGGCAAAUGGCGCCCCUCCCGCCACUAGCAAGUAUUCAGAGCAGAUUUUGCAUACCUUUCCUUGGCGAAAUGGAGUGGCUCUUUCCUUUUUAAGAAAUCGUUUUUUUACAGAGAGCUUGCAACGAGUAACUGCACGGGUUGCUUUUUAAAAAUCGUUUUAUAAAAAUCACCUGCAGUAUGUAUUUCGUGAGAAGUAGCUUCGUUUCAAUUGUAUUAACUUUCUCUCAGGGUUUAGGGAAAAGAAAGAGAAGGUGCCACGCUUUUAAACAAGCAAAAGAGAAAUCAAUGUAGUUAAUUUUGUAAGGGGGGAAAAAAAGGUGCCGCUUUGGUUGUAUUUUAAAAUGAACAUUGGUAUUUUUGUAGAGUGUUAAUGAGAAAGGAAGAGAGCCCCUGAGGUGGUUCUGGUAGUAAGUAAUCCCAUGGAAAAAAUGAAUGCCACAGAGUAGAAGGCUCAAUGGCACAUGGAAAUAUUGGUAACAGUGUUUUUCUACUGGAAUAAAUGUUGCUUUUAAAUACUUGUAUUAAGCAAACAUGCAGCCUGUUCAGAUAUUAAGAGUGAAACAAAUUUGCUGGAUGACUUGAUGAUUUGUAUUGAAUGAUGUGUUAAUUUUUCCAGCUGCUUUCAUUGAGAGUCCUUUGAUUUUUAUAUUACGAGCAAGAGAGCCCACAGUAUCGUAAAAAGACUUUCCCAACAAUUUAAGCGAUUAAAACCUCUCAGGAAAUCAUUGCAUGCCUCUGUCCAUUCCCUUUCUAUAGUUGACAUAAUUUUUAAAAACCUCAUUGAAUGGAAAAGUUUAGACAUUACAAUUGAUAUUUAAUACAAAGCAAAAACGAAGGUAAGUAUCUAUGAACUUCUUGUCCAUGGGCGUCGUCUGGCCAAGUGCUUCAUUUCAUCCAGCCUGCAGCAUUGGUUCAUCUUUAAAAUUAAAUUAAAGUCAAUGCUUUGGGGGAGGGGCCAUUGGCCUACACUGUUUCGCUGGUCUUGCCCAGCUGCUAGCCUCUACUUGCAAGUACAGCUAAAUUUGGAAUAGCUUUUAACUAAUCAGAAAUCUGAGAUGAGCUUUUUCAAUAGGAUGGAUUUUUGUGACAUCCAUCCUUCUGAAGUUGUGCAUUUGCAAUGCCAUCAAUGUCUUUAACUAUGAUUCCCCCUGUACUGAAACAUGGUGGGACUUUUGAGAUGGAAACUUUUGGUGCCAUUUUUAAAAAAGAUCCUGCAGCUAAAUUGUUUCCGGUAGCUUCCGUUUAUGUUCACAGUGCUUCCGUUUGAACAUUAGUAAUCUCUGUAGCAACGAGUGCAGUAAGCCUGCAACUUGUGCACAUUCAGGUUUAUGUGCUUGUCAAAAGAAAUAAUAAUAAAAAAGCGGUGGGGAGCAGGCGUCCAGAAAAAAAGACUUUGGUAAUCGCACCUGCCUUUGUACCUAAUGUCUUUUGACUAUACACAAUUUUGGCUUUAGGAACAAUCCUUGGAACAUAACUCCCAUGUAAGUUGCAAUGUAUAAAUGCAUUGUCUGGACAGUGUCAAAUUGUUUCUUUAAAAAAACAAAACUUGUCUGCUCUGCACAGCAAAUUAUUUUAUUUUGAAAAGUAUUCAGACCCUUGUCAUUUUCAGCUGCAACAAAAUUGACAAGGGGGCAAUUGCAGCAGCAGUAAAAUGUGGCUUACCUUAAUUUUUCUGUCACUUCUCUUGAAAUACACACACUCUCUCUUUCUCUUUCUCUUUCUUUUACUCUAAUCCAAAUCAAUCGUGGUUUCUUGAACCCCAGUUGUUCUUCCGUGCUGUUUGGGUUUAUAUCUGGGGGGGGGCUAGAGGAGGGAGAUGCUUGUGACCCUCAAUCUGCAUGCCUAAAUGGGACAUCUUUUAAAAAAUAUAAUAUUUUUGUCAAAUAUACACUAAUAUAAAAGGAUUCAUUGUUACCUUUUGGCUUACAUAUUUAUGGCAUUGUUGCAAAAACAAGCACCCGUCUUAAAAAAAAAAAGAAAGGUUUACCUAAUUCAGAACUUCCUCAAGCAAUACUGUUAAUAGUAUUUUUAAGAAACGCACUUGGUUAGCUAUAUUUUUAUUUUCUCUAAAAUAAAUUCUCGUUCUUUCAAAAUAUUGUGUGCAAGCAAAUUUUCCUAAGAACUAAAUUUUACAGCUGGUGUUCUCUCUUUACAAAUAGUUGUUAUAUUUGCAUCCAAAAGUGAUUUUUUUAUAUAUAUCUUCUCAUUGGAAAGUUUGUAUUCGAGAGAGUGGCAUUUGAUGCCUUCAGAGUGACUGAAUGUGUGAAAAUGCCCGGCAAGCUUUUGCAUUGACGUGCUCAGCCUGCAUCUUAAAUAGGGCACAUUUCUUAAGCUGUUACACCAGAUGCCUAGCCAUCAGUCUUCACACUGUAUUUUUUAGACAGAUUGUACACAUGCUGUCCACACAUCAGCCAUGUGCUGUGCCUCUUCAACCUGCUUUGUAUUCACAGAGGUAGUUGUAGUGUCCUUUUUCCCCGUUACACCUGGUGCGGGGCAGGGGAAUGUAUAUCAAAGUUGAUUGACUAACAUUACUAGCGUAGGUCAGAGCAAGACAUUCAUUGAUGUUUCUUGGCAGGAGGACUAUUCCAUUAACGCAGAGGGUUUGCUGCCAGUGUCUUGUCUGCAGUAAGUGGGGUUCUCUGUCAUUCACAAGCAGGCGAAACCUUAAAUAAAGAUUGCAAUCCUAACCAUGUAAAUGCAGAAAUAUGUUCUAUUGAAUUGAAUCGGGUCUCCUCCUUGAAUUGGGGUUAGGAUGGCAGCCUCAGGGUUUUAAAAACCAGAAGGCAACCUUGAUUUUUUCCCUGUUCCUUGUUAUUCCCUAACCCAGCCUUUUGCAACCUGGUGCCAUCCAGAUACUUUGGACUGCAACUCCCAUUAGUCUCAGCCAGCACCAGGUUACAGAUCGCAGCCCAAGCCUAUAAAUGUAAAAUAAAUGCAUUUUUUAAAAGUGCUUUGUCUCUCUUUUGGUGGGGAGUGGAACAUACUAUGAGGCCAACUAGGACUUAAAAACAAAAGGGAAUCUAGACUUUCUCUGGUUUUCAAGAGGACACAAUGGGGGCAGCUGCAGAGGGUUGUUUCUUAUAUUGCAAUGAUAAAUGCAUGUUCCAUCACCAUGUCUGCAUGUUCCAGUUCUGGCUUUGUAUUCUGUGAACCUAACGUGUGUUUGGGUUGGUGUAAACACACUGCAUACUAUAGCACUCUUAAUGUGUAAGGGAUUUCGCAAAUGCAAUGUGUAAAGAAGCUUUGAGGCGCAAAGUUGUCGUGUAAUGACGUUUCCUUAAACAGCACGGCCAUCUUCAAAUAUAGAAUGUAAUUUCUCAUACCUGCAUACUGCUUCUGUGGCAGCCAUAAUAAUGCUCAAGUACAGUGGAUUUAGGUCGUGUGGUCAGAUGAGGGCUUCCAUCUUAAACCUUCCUGGGUCUAGGUAAGUGCUUCACAAAGUUCACUCUUUAAAAGAAUCCCUGAAAUGCUGAAAGUGACACAGGGGCUAAUGAGAAGGAUUUUUCUUUCUGUUAUAAGUACCACUAUGUCAGACACAAAAUUGUUCAUGCGCCAGUGUUGUUUCGUGGUGUGGCUUUGAACUAAUGCAUGGGACACUGGUUUGUCUCCCUUUAAAACUCCUUUUUUUGUCUCUGAUGGAGGGGCCAUCUUUCUAUGAUACAUGCUUUGCAUGCAGAAGGACUGAAACCAAAAAUCUCUCGCAUUUUCUUCAGUUAGGGCUGGGAAUGCCUCCCACCUGAAACCUGCCUGUGAUAACACUGAUGGGUCUCUUAUUCCCCCCCCCCCACCACUUUGAGGCAUUAUUUUAACUUUUAUUUCCUGUCUAUUCCUGAGUUAAUUGUUGUAUUCAUACAUUUUUUUUCAUCCCUUUACUCUGUUACUUCCAAGCUUUUUUUGGGGGGGGGGGGAGAAUCCUGCUCCCUGCAUAUUUGUUUUUUUUAAGAAAGAAAAAGAUUAUGAGUCUCAGGAAGGGUUUUCCUUUGUUGCACAGGCCACAUAUUGUGUGUUUUUAGAAUAACACGUGUUAACUUUCGGCUCAGUGCUUUCACUAAAAAGGGCUAGUAUUUGCUUUCUUAAUAUGGCAAGAAAAUGCAGCUUAGUAUUGGGGAAGGGGGGGGGACGCAAGCCCAGCUGAGCCUUUUACUGGGCCAGCCUCCCGUUUUGGAGGAUUGGGGCACGACGCCGCAUUACAGCGUGAGAACCGAUCGCCUCCGCCGCCGGAGCCUCAUCCCUCAAACUACAACCCCCAGCAUGCCAAGCGAGGCACUAAGCGCGCAGCGACGCUCUCACUCCUGCUGUCGCCACGCAAAACUACAAAUCCCAGGAGGCUGCGCGGCAGUCCCUUAUGGCCUAGCGGGCGGGGCUGGCGCGGGGCCUGCUGGGCUUUGUAGUUCUCCGGCUUCUCCAGAUGAUGCGCGCUGGAGGAAGGGCUUGGCGGCUUUUCGGCGCGCCUGCAGGGAGGCAGUGGCUGUCGGGGCGCUGCCUGAGCGGGUUGCGAGCCAUGGCAGGAGCCGGAGGGGCGGCGGAGCCCGGCAUGGGGCAGAGAAUGGUCUGGGUGGACCUGGAGGUGAGGCGCCCUGCCCGUAACGAGGCCUCUGCGAAGGGGCAUCCCAUAAUAUCCUGUCGUUUUCGUCCCCCGAGACGCUUGCACCAUGUGGAGUGCAAUGCGGGGGCUCCAUCCCGUAGUAUCCUGCUCCCUGGAAUUGGGUGCAAUGUAGGGGGGUGUUUAAAAAGGGCGCUCCAUCCCAUAAUAUUCCCCCCUUCCCCCGCGACAGGUGCGGUUUAGCUCCCUUUGAGGAGGCUCCAUUCCGUAAUUCCCCGCUGCCCCAGAACAUUGCUCUCGAAGAAGUAUGAAACAGUUAUGCAAAUAGCUUCUAUCCCAUAAUAUGCCUCUAUGAGAUUUAGUUCAGAAAAAUUAUCAUUUAUCUUAAAAAAUAUUGUAAACAGUUAAAAUCGUUAUUAGGAUCGGAAUAACACUUGUAGUUUAAUGGUGAAUUUGGAUAUAAUGGAGAUAUAAAAGAGUUAGAUUAUUAUAAAAGAUGCAGGAGGAAAUGAUUAAUAAUAGGAUCCACAAAGGGGAAGGAGGGAAGUCCAGGAGGUUCUUUGGAAUCUUGUUUUUAUGAUAUGCUGGAUAUGUGAUUGCAAAACUUUAAUUUGAAAAACUAUAUGUGUAUAUAUAUAUGUGUGUGUGUGUAUAUAUAUAUAUAUAAUAUGAAUGAGAGAUUUGGUUCAGUAUAAUAUAUAUAUAUAUAUAUAUAUAUUUGGUUCAGUAUCAAUGUGUAAGGAGAGGGCGGGGCUGCGUCCCACAAAAUUCCCCUACCCCUUGAGACAGCUGGGGGUGGGUGGGGGGAAUACUUGAGAAUCGCAAUCCCAUAGUAUCAUAGUAUCCAUUGUCUAGUAUCUGUUCAUGUAGAAAGACCUACACCACGUAAGGCAACGUUCUCAAGAGAUGUGCCUGUUGGGUUAUUUGCAAAGGAGCUGCAGCCCAUAAUAAUAUUCCCGCAAGAGAUACUGGUGCAGUGUAGGUGCAGGAUUCAUCCUCCUUCCCGAAAAGAGGCAGGUGCAAUGUAAGUGUAUGCCUGUAUAUGAGCAAGAUUGGGCUCUCUUAGAAUAUCCUUUGAGGAGAUGUGUAUCCUACGGGGGUCACAUCUCAUAUUGCCCCAAAUCCCCUGACUCAUGUACUACAGGAUUGGUGCCCAUCCCAUUAUUCCUGGGAGCCUUGGCGUGUGCCCCCAUCCCAUAUUAUCCCCCACGAUACAUAGGCACUGUAGGUGGAUGUGUGUGAGAGAAGGAAGGAGACCAUUCGCCCUUUAAGUGUUUUUUCUAGGAAAUGUAGAAAGUUUGGUUUGUGGGGGAAGAAACAGCCUAAUUUCACAGGAAAUGAGAUCUUGGGAGCAGAAAAUCAAAUAUGGUCACCCUAGGGCAGCUGGGAAGGGACACGGGUGGCGCUGUGGGUUAAACCACAAAGUCUAGGACUUGCCAAUCAGAAGGUCAGCGGUUUGAUUCCCCGCGACGGGGUGAGCUCCCGUUGCUCGGUCCCUGCUCCUGCUAACCUAGCAGUUCGAAAGCACGUCAAAAUGCAAGUAGAUAAAUAGGUACCGCUCCAGUGGGAAGGUAAAUGGCGUUUCCAUGUGCUGCUCUAGUUCGCCAGAAGCGGCUUAGUCAUGCUGGCCACAUGACCUGGCUCCCUUGGCCAAUAAAGCGAGAUGAGCGCCGCAACCCCAGAGUCGGUCACGACUGGACCUAAUGGUCAGGGGUCCCUUUACCUUUACCUAGGGCAGCUGGGACCCUUGGUAGGUUGGAAAGGAGUGUUCUAACAUAUAUCUGCAUUGGCGGUGCAGGAAUUCACAUGGGAUCUAGGGCAGCCUUCACCAACAGGGUGCCCUCAAGUAGGCCCACUCGAGCCUGAUGGGAGUUGCAAUCCAAACCAUCUAUAGGGCACCAGGCUGAUGAAGCUGCAUCCUUGUGCUAUGAGGAAAUGAGGUUUCAAAUUCACAAUUUGAUUUGAAGGGGAUAUGUUGGCUCCAUGUGUGACCAGACUGAGGAUCAGUUCUGUGCACCCAGCAGUGGCAGACAAGAUGUCAUUUCUUAUUGUUGGCUUCCAGAAGCCACUGAAUAUGGAGGCCAUUUAUCGCUCUUCAUAGUCAUCGAGAAGCCUAUUUAUCACAAAUUGCCCCACACUUUAAAAAGAUUGACCUCUUCCCCUGGGCCUCUUGCAGCAAAGCAAUUCACAAUCCUAGAUUUUAUCAGCUUGUGGAGGCUUGAGGUCCUAAAACAAUUGACAUUUAAUAAUAAUAUUUUAAAAAAUUAUAUCCCGCCCAUCUUGCUGGGUUUCCCCAGCCACUCUGGGCGGCUUACAACAUGUAUAAAAACACAAGAAAGUAUCAAACAUUAAAAAACAAAAUAUCCUCUGCGAGCAACAAACCAACCAAUAAAUCAAUAGAAACCAAUAACAACAACAACAAUAAUAGCAAUUAUAAACAGUUUACGGUUAUACCCAAUUUAAAAUAACCACCAACCCGAACUAAACAUUUAACCACUUGGCUUAAGUGAAUAGGAAGAACAUCACUGCUGUGGCCUGACAUUAAAGAAAUAAACUGCGCUCCAGGGCAAUUUUCCUAGCUCUUUGUGAGGCAGACAGAUUUGUUCAAACCUUCAGUGGGUCUUCCCCCAACCCCCAUUUCCUGGCUGCUGUGAAUGCUUUUUUAACCUACCAGCAUCAGGAUAUUUAAGAUAUAGUCCAGGGAAAGGAUUAAGGUUUGUUAAAAUGCACUUUUGCUAGCACACAGUGGAACAGAAAGCUCUUCCUGACAUCUUACACUUGUUAACUUUUUGACUUCGAUAUAGAUGACUGGGCUGGACAUUGAAAAAGACCAGAUCAUUGAGAUGGCCUGUCUCAUAACAGAUUCGGACUUGAACAUCUUGGCUGAGGUAUGUUGGUUGCUGAUUUUUGGGCUGGUGCCUGCUCAAUGCCAGCUAGCAGAGAAAUAACAAAAAUACUGGAGAAACCUAUUAAAAAAACCACCCUCCUGAAAUAGCAUUGUUGGGUAUAUUCAGUGCAGACUACCAAGGGUUAUCAUAUGAACAUGUAAUUGGUUACGUAUUAGUGGUAAGAAGAACAUUGAUAGCUAGAAAAUGGAAGGAAACAAAGGGUUUAAAUGUGCAAAAAUGGUAUAAUGUAAUCUGGGACAGCCAUUUCUGAAAAACGGAUGCAAAAAACUUCUUUGGUGGUCUGGUGGCCAUUGAGCCAGUAUUUGAACAAAUACUUUACAGGACGAACUGUACCUACUGCAUUCCAUAAUAUCUGUUUGUGUUAAUAUUCUCCUUCAUACUGACAUUAGUAACUUUCUUUUUUUUCCAUUUUAGUGCUUGUAUUAACUGUACUAUUUUUGUUUACAUCUGAACUAUGCCUUUGAGAUGGAGGAAAGGGGGGAAGGAAGGAUUUUAAGUUUGUAAUUCUUUUUUUCUUUUCAAUAUAUAUUUUUUAAAUGCCAGCUAGUUAGCUAACUGCUGUGAGUGGCCAACUAGUUACUCACAAUUUCCACUGACUUCUUUGCCACAUAGCUGGCUGAUGAAAAGCCCUUUUUAUGCAUGCAAUUUCCAAAUGUUUUUAGCGAGGGAAGUGAAUGCCAACUGGAUAUUGCGAACUCGAAAGGUGACCAGAUUACGGCUGUUUCCUGUUGCCAUCAAGUCUAAAAGUUCAUCAGGAUUUUUUUAGUUGAUUAUUUUUGUUACCUGGUGCAAACUCACAAUUACACUUAAGAGUAAAAAUGAAUCUGAUUGCGCUACAAGUUUAUAUCCCUUUGUGUUCAAACACAGGUGAUUAUUUCUAUUCAUAAUACAUACUGCUGUUUGAACAGCUCCACUUAUAUUGCUACCACACACACACACCAUCCCUUCCUCCCUGAACUGUUGUCCUUUAGCAGCUCUUGUUUUGGACUGUUUUGAAGAGAGAGGUGGAGCUCCAGGGCCGUUUCAUUGACUCUUAAAAAAGCCAACCACGUUUGACUCCUCUAGCAGGUCAUUAUAAGAACCCUGUAGCUUAAGAAGAAGUGCCUGAGUUUGCUUUUUCCUCUUCCCUCUCAAUUCCACUUCCUUCUGUGUCAUGUCUGGUUACAUCAGGCAUAGGCAAACUUGGCCUUCCAGAUGUUUUGGGACUACAACUCCCAUCCUCCCUAGCUAACAGGACCAGUGGUCAGGGAUGAUGGGAAUUGUAUUCUCAAAAAGAUCUGGAGAGCCGAGUUUGCCUAUGCCUGGGUUAGAUUGUCAGCCUGUGGGUAGUGGCUGAUAUAUGUGAUAUAUGUGAGCAAUCCUGGGAACCCUUGUCGGCUGAGAACCAGGAUAAAAUGCUAGUAUUGCUAUAUUAAUAAUUGCAGCAACAACAACAAAUAAGCAUAACUGAUGUAACAGUCUGAUCUGAUUCCCCAUUGUUUUCUCCUAUUUUGCUGACAGGGUCCCAACCUGAUAAUAAACCAGCCAGAUGAGCUGCUGGACAGCAUGUCAGAAUGGUGCAAAGAGCAUCACGGCAAGGUAGAGGCCUGCUCCUUCAUCGCUCGCACUCCCUUGAGAAGAACUCCUUUGUCUUUUUACAGUUCCACAUGCAACAGAACCUUAUCUUGACCGUGCCAUGUUCCCUGCAACAGAACCUUAUCUUGACCGUGCCAUGUUCCCUGCAACAGAACCUUAUCUUGACCGUGCCAUGUUCCCUGCCGUCUGCAUUAAGCACUUCUUUGAAAAGGAUGGCUGGAGGUUUAUCUCAUCCGUGCAAAAUGGGCCAGCUUUUUGCCGAAUCAUCAUCCGACUUCACAGUGUGUCCUUAGCGUGACAUUAGAGUUUCCCAUGUCCAUUAUGAAGACUUUUUGACAUUAAACCUUCUUUGUUGUGCUAAAAUUGCUGCAUCCUUUGGCUGGGGUUUGGGAGUGGGGAGACUGCUUCCUUGUUUACCAGCAGUUCCUGCGAGGGAAUGAGAUCAGUGACCUGUCUCAGCCACAUUCAUCAAUGGCUACUAGUCUUGAUGGCUGUAUGAGUCUUCCAGAUCCAGUUUCAGCCUCCCUCUGAAUAUUAGUAGUGGAGUGCCAAUGCACCAUGCCCUGUUUUUUGGCCUUCCCUGGGGCAUCUGGGCCGAUGUCUGUAGGAAACAGAGGCCUGGAUUAAAUGGUUAUUUUGGCCUGGUCUAGUAGUGCAAAUCCUCCACUAUCCAUUAAGAUGUUGUUGUUUUCACAGUAGUGUGCUGCCAAACCUUCCUGUGGCUGUUAAGGGGGUUGUUUUCUUUCUGUUUUUAUGGUAUAAUAUAUUGAUACUUAUGUUCUAAAUGUGUUGUAAUUGGCUUGGAGGCCUCUGAGUAAGAAGUGACCACAGGUUUAAUAAAAACUAAUAAUAGUAUUGAUUCUUGCAUGACAUCUUAACUGCCUGGCUCUUUUUAAGGCACAAGCAACAUGAUGUAAUUUUGGCUUCUCUCUUUCUUCCAGUCUGGCCUUACAAAGGCAGUGCAGGAGAGCAAAAUCUCGCUGCGUCAAGCAGAGUACGAAUUUCUGUCUUUUGUCCGUCAACAGACACCUCCAGGACUCUGCCCACUUGCCGGUAGGAGGUUUUAACAUUUACGAAAGAUAGUCAUUUUUAUUGAUUUGUACCAUCCCUUGCCACUCAAAAGGCCUAAGGCAGCUAAUGGAUUCAAACAGAAAAUGCAAACAGUAUAUGUAUAAAAAACCAUUAAGAAUAACUCUUAACAUCAACAAAUCAUAAUUUGUUGUAUGCGACUAACUUCAGCUAUUCAAAUUAAUGGGCCCCAGUCAUCUAGGUCUAUUAAUUUUAGUGUGUCUGCUCUGAGUAUGUGUAACAUUGGGUGCAACCCUAUGUGGUUAAUCAAAGCCAGUUUGAGAAUCAGCAAUAGACCAUCCCUUAAUAGACGUUCAUUUCUCCAAAACAUCAUUUGGUAUAAAAAGUUCAACUGAGAGAAGGGAAGGCGACCUCUGUGCCUUUAUGGGAAGGGAGUUCUGGAGACUGAGAUUCAGAUGGUUUAAUCCCUGACUCCCCUCCGUCUUUCUUCUGAAAAUAUAUGUAGGGACAGCGCAUCUUAUGAUGCUGAUUGUAGAGCCUGGGAAGGUUCAGGUGGGAAAAUGCAGCAGCUUCAGAUUAGUUGCAAUUAGUGUGAGUGGAAAGCAGGGCAAAUUCAGCGCCCAAUUGCCCCAUUUUACAUCACCUACCUGGACAUUUGGCCAAGCGCUUUCUUUGGUCAAGCUGUAGCAGUGCUGCAGAUAAAAUCUAGUGGUGUUGGGAGGGUAUCCUGAUUCUGUCAAAGGCAGAUUCAUGUGUUCAUAUAAAAAUAAAAUAAUUGGGCCAGUAGUUGAGUAUGGUCACCCACACUCUAGCCUCCAUUUUUGUGAAGCCUGUCUCUAGUCUCAGAGUGGCAUUAGAGACACAUUUUCAGACUUGAAGGGCUGAUCUUAAAAAUUUAGACUGUACAAGUUCUAGUGGUUCAAAGUCAGAGAAGGGGCCCAGCUGGGCACCAUAGAAAAGUUGUGCUAUAGAGAAGUUGUGCUAGCCAUAGUCUUUUAUAUACUACAUCCGUUUAAUGCUCCUAACCCUUCUUUUAGAUUCUUUUAGAUUCUUUUAUAUUUGUAUUUUAGAUUAUUUAGCUUCUAUUAUAUAUACCUUCUGUUUUAAUACUGUUUAGCUUUCCAAAACGUUUUAUAGAUUUUAAAUGGCUGUAUCCCCUGCUACGUAUGCUGGUCUAAGACUGUAACAAAGAUUUGAGAUUGAGAUUUGGGGGUGGGUGGGAUUUGGGGGUGUCUUCGCCACCCACCUGAGAAUUCCACGUUGAGCGCAUGAACAGAAUCUGUGCCUUUCCACCCUUUUCAGGAAACUCGGUUCAUGCGGACAAGAAAUUCCUCGACAAGCACAUGCCCCAGUUCAUGAAACACCUUCACUACAGGAUCAUUGAUGUGAGCACCAUCAAAGAACUGUGCAGGUCAGUACCCACUACAUCAUUUGCCAGAGCUUGGGUGUGUGGGUGGCUCCUUGGGCAGCGAAUGGCAUGCCAGAGACUUUGAGGAAAUCUUGCGGGUCUUACGUGUAAUAUGUGACCACCAAGAUGCCUACAGUCAACAGUAGAUGCAGCUUUCUGAAAGGUUCAGAUUCUACAGCCGCAAAAUAUAUUUGCAUUUAUUUUUUAUUUAUUUGAUAGCUCAGUCGGUAGAGCAUGAGACACUUAAUUUCAGGUUGGGCAGAGCUCCAGGUUGGGCAGAAGAUUCCUGCAUUGCAGGGGGUUAGACUAGAACAGGGGUCAGCAAAUGUUUUCAGCAGGGGGCCGGUCCACUGUCCCCCAGACCUUGUGGGGGGCCAGGCUAUAUUUUGGAAAAAGAAAAAAAAAAGAACGAAUUCCUAUGCCCCACAAAUAACCCAGAGAUGCAUUUUAAAUAAAAGCACACAUUCUGAUUCCCAGACCGUCCGCUGGCUGGAUUUUGAAGGCGAUUGAGCCGGAUCCGGCCCCCGUGCCUUAGUUUGCCUACCCAUGGACUAGAAAACCCUCAGGGUACUUUCUGAGUCUGCAAUUCUAUAAUUCUACGAACAUGAGGUUUUGAACUGUAACAUGAGGUUACAGACACUUCAGGUUACAAACACUUCAGGUUACAGACUCCGCUAACCCAGAAAUAGUACCUUGGGUUAAGAACUUUGCUUCAGGAUGAGAACAGAAAUCGUGCAGCGGUGGCAGUGGGAGGCCCCAUUAGCUAAAGUGGUACCUCAGGUUAAGAACAGUUUCAGGUUAAGAACAGACCUGCAGAACAAAUUAAGUUCUUAACCCGAGGUACCAAUGUAUAGUAAAAUUAUGGAGUAACAUGGAACUUUUGGAAGUGGAAAAUAUUACUCUGCAAUGUAAUAACUAGUUUUCGUGAGUUUUAGAAAAUUAAAGCUGGAAUUUUAGCAGUUCUGAUUUUUGCAUGAGAUCGUUUCAAAUUUGGUGUGUCUGCGGCUCCGGAGUCCUGCGUUUGUGGGUGCUCUUGCCUAUGGCGUCCACCACAUUUGGUAGAUAAUUUAGAUUUUGGAUCAUGGGGACUUGUUUUGUGUGUGCAGACGCUGGUACCCAGAAGACUACGAGUUUGCUCCAAAGAAGGCUGCGUCUCAUAGGUAAUUGUUUGGCUUUGAAGAGAGAUUGUUUUGUGUGUGUCAGAUUGUAUCACCAGGCAUCAACAAUGAGGUUAUGCAGUAUGGUAAGGACAGCGCAGUGGGGGAGGUGCCAUUGAUAAAAGUUAUUUCUUUUAUUAAAGUUAUUUCAAAUCUGGAAAGGGACAUUUGCCCCGCAUCCAAAUGGAGAAGGGUUGGAGCUCAAGGGCAGAACAGGUGCUGUACAUGCAGAAGGUACCAGGCUCAAUCACGGUCAUUUCCACAUUGUGCAUGGAGGGACAGAGUGCUGCUGCCAGCCAGUGUAGACCAGGGAUAACUAAUAUAUUACCUUCUAGAAGUUGCUGGAUUCCUCUCCCAUCAUCCCAGACCAUUAGCAUGACUAAUGGUCAGGGGUGAUGGGAGUUGUAGUCCAGCUAUACUGGGUGGGCAAGAAGUUGCUUACUCCAACCUUGAUGGCCCAUCAGGCUUGACUCAAGUAUAAGUGUGCCAUUUCCUUUUCUCAUCUGUUAACUGUGCUGUUAAGAACCUUUCCCCGUCCAUCUCAGAACUUGCCUUUUGGUCAUUAUUCAGCAAGAUGAACGUGCUGUUAUUAUCUACUCUCUUUCAUUGUGCUUGAUCAUAGCGAUUCAGCCCGUAAGUUUAUUGCCAAGAUGGGUAGCAUGUUUUGUAUUAGAACAACAUUUCCUCCUUUAUUGACAUUAUUUCCCUAGGAGAAAGUGUGUGUUACAGAGCAGUUCAGAAGUGGCAGGGAGGGAGAACCAAGAGGGAAUAAGUUGCCAAAUCCAAAGUUCUGUUGGUCUCAUUCCAGCAGGGGAGAAGGCAUGUGUGUAAGGGCGUUUUUGCUCUCCUCCCUCCAACCAGCUUUGAAUCUCUCCUUCAGUUCCCCUUCUGUAGGGUUCCAUACCACAUAGAAGUGCACAACCUGUUUGCAGCAUUUUGGGGAACACUGUAAAGUCAUACCUUUUUCAGCUUCUUUUAAAAUUAGCCUGCCCUUGCGUUUGGAGGUGAGUGUGUACGGUGCAGCCUUCUUUUAAAGGAACGCUAACUUUUCCUGAAUUCCCUUUAGAGCCCUGGAUGACAUCAGGGAGAGUAUCAAAGAGCUUCAGUUCUACAGAAAUAGCAUCUUCAAGAGGAAAACAGACGAGAAGAAAAGAAAGCUAGUGGAAAAUGGUGACAAUGAAAAGCUGGCCAGUUGA